AUGUGCAUCUCCAAAAUUCCCUUAUUUAUCCAAACAGAAGGCAAACUUCAAUUUUUUUUUUAUUUUUUUUAUUUUUUAAUUUUUUUUUAUGUAAUCAUUUUUUUUUUCCGUCUCUGCUAUGUUUCCAAAACAGAGUGUAAGGUGAAAGUGAGUGAAUGGUUUAGGCAAGUGACGAUGAACUUGAUGCUACGGGUGAUUGCGGGGAAGCGAUACAGCUUCGGUGACAAUGAGGGAGACAAGGAGGCAAGGCAGUUCGCGAGAACGAUGGACGAGUUCAUGUAUUUGGCUGAUGUUUCUGAGUGUUCGGAUGUGAUUCCCGGGAUUGAAUGGUUGGAUUUGAAGGGUAAUGUGAAGGCUAUGAAGAGGAAUGGUAAAGAGAUGGAUUAUUUCUUGAGUAUGUGGCUUGAAGAACAUGUGCAGAGCAGGAAAGAAGGGAAUGUGAAGAAAGAUGAAAGAGACUUCAUGGAUGUGUUGUUGUCUUGCUUCCCUGAGGAUGGUGAUGGGCUGGUGUUUGGACACAAGAGUCAGGACAUCAUCAAGGGAACUGCUCUGUCACUUAUCCUAGGAGGCUCUGAUACCAUAACUGCCACAUUAACUUGGACAGUUUCCCUACUUCUAAACCAUCCAACAGUCCUCAAAACAGCACAACAAGAAGUAGAUAUGUAUGUUGGACAUGGAAAAGUAAGAUGGGUAGAUGAAUCAGACACCAAGAACUUAGUUUACCUCCAAGCCAUCGUCAAGGAAACAUUACGACUCUACCCUCCAGGACCUUUAUCCUUACCACGUGAGUCCAUUCAAGACUGUCAUGUCUCUGGCUACUACGUCCCCAAAGGCACUCGCUUGAUAGUAAAUAUUUGGAAGCUCCACCAUGACCCUUGCUUGUCAACUGACCCUGAUGAGUUCAGGCCAGAGAGAUUUCUUACGUGGCAAGCAAAAACAAAUUUAAGAGGGCAGCAAUUUGAGUUCCUUCCUUUUGGUGCUGGUAGAAGGUCAUGCCCUGGAAGCACCUUAGCAUAUCAAACGUUGCAUUUGAUACUCGCUCGAUUGCUUCAAGGGUUCAACCUUACGAUACUACCGGGAAAUGGAAAAGUGGAUAUGAGUGAGGGGUUGGGGCUUACACUACCUAAGGCAACUCCAUUGGAAGUGUUGGUCACCCCACGCUUGCCAAGUGAGUUUUAUGAUCAACCAUAGAUAGACCAUCUUAGUUUGUAAUGUGUAUGAUGCAUAUGUAAUGUGUGGUAAAUGGGAGUGUAUGCAAGGUCACCUUACCUCUACGUUUUAGGACUCUUGUACCAAUAAAGUGGACCAAUAUUUAAAAUAUUUGUUUUUGGGUUAAGUUCAAGACCUCGAAUAUAGAUUUGUGAUAAGAAUUAAAGUCUUUGGUAGAGAUUAAAUGCAUGUAGUGUUGGAAUUUGUAAAAUGAAUCUCAAUCACAUAUUAAUGUUUUUUGAUAAA